AUGAUUCCUACUCUGGCUGCUCGAUCUGCGUUUCGCGCCAGCGCGCGCGCUCAAGCUGUCAAGUACAGCUUCCAACCUCAUGUCGGACGAUUCGCACCCGAGAAUGUCAUCAAGUGAGUGUGCUGCUCGGCUACAUGGUAGCGCGAGUAAGCGUGGGGCUAGAGGAUGGAGAGCCAAAGCGAUCGAGGUCAACCAAGGGGACGCUAUACCGAUGCGAAUUUGGCGGGAUCGUGCAGGUGUGCGGGUUGAUUUAGUCGAAGAAACUUCUCAGCCGAUCUGAAUGGAUCAUCGCUGACCUCCUUCUGACAACAUUUCCACCUUCCCGAACUCACCUUUUCCACCAGAUGGGUGCCUUCUCUCGCGCUAUGGGGUGCUGGUGCUGGUGCAGCCGUGACACUCUUCUUGUCAGGCGUGCCCCUCUUCCAAACAGACGUGCUUAAAAAGCUGCCCGUGCUCAAGUGAGUCGUUGAUUGCGUACAAACUUGCACAGAAUGUUCAGUCCAGAAUGCUCACACAUGAUCGGCGUCGUCAUGACAGGGAGUAUUACGAGGACAAGACACCAGACAGCGACAAGCCAUUCUAG